UCUGAUCACAGUCUCACAAAAGCGUCUUGAUGCUGUCGACAAGGUGUGUAUCUACGCGACCACGGAUCUUUGCUGUCCGAUCUUCUCCCUCCUUACUCCUUCGACCCUUUUCACCUUUCUUUUCUCCUUCAUCCUCGCUAUCUCUGGGGCCACUGCCCUCACCAAUCCGCAAGAUGGCAACCAAAUCCUUCAAGCUGCUCUGCUUGGAGAAUCCCCUCCUUGAUAUUCAGGGCGCUGGUGAUCACGCUAUGCUCGAAAAGUACGGCCUGAAACUGAACGACACGCUGCUGGCGGAACCCCACCAGAUGGGCCUCUACGACGACCUCAUCCAGAACCGCAACGCCAAGUUGAUCCCCGGCGGUGCUGCGCAAAACACCGCCAGGGGCGCACAGUACAUGCUCCCCCCGGACAGUGUCUGGUACAUUGGUUGUGUGGGCGACGAUGAGUACGCAAAGAUAUUGAGGGAGAAGUGCAAGGAAGAAGGACUGCACGUCGAGUACCGCGUCGACCCUACCACCCCCACGGGGAAAUGCGGCGUCAUAAUCACAGACCACCACCGCACAAUGUGCACGCACCUCGCCGCCGCCAACGAAUACAAGCUUGAGCACCUCCUCGAACCGCGGAUUUGGAGCAUGGUAGAAGCGACCUCCGUGGGCUUCUACGUCGGCGGCUACCACCUGACAGUGUGCCCGCCCGCCGCCAUGGCGCUGGCCAAGCACGCCGCUGAAACGAACAAGAUAUUCAUGCUGAGCCUGUCGGCAGGAUUCAUCCCCCAGUUCUUCAAGGAGCCGCUUGCCGAGAUAUUGCCAUAUUGCGACUUUGUCUUUGGGAACGAGAACGAGGCGAAGACUUGGGCAGAGUCUCAAGGCCGCCCCUCUGACAUCUCGAUGCAAGAGUGCGCCAAGCUGAUGGCCAAGCUGCCCAAGGUGAAUACAAAGAGACCCAGGGUGGUGAUUGUCACGCAGGGCACGGACCCAACAAUCGUGGCCGUCGCUGAAGCAGGGAAAGAAGAGGUGGAACUCAAGGAAUACUCGGUGCCGGUCAUCGACAAGAACCUGAUCAACGACACAAAUGGUGCGGGCGACGCCUUUGCAGGUGGUUUUUGCGCCGGUGUGGUCCAGGGCGAUCCCCUGGAAGUCUGUAUCAAAAAGGGCCAGUGGCUUGCAAGAUUGAGUCUACAGGAAUUGGGCCCCGCAUAUCCCCGGCCGAAGCAGACAUACAAGGCUUGAACCAAGGGCCUCUUCGGAUUGAGUAUUGCAUAAGUCUGGCGUUUCCCUUUUUUCCUCAGAAGAAUGUACCAGUAUGGGCGCGCUUUAACAGCGGAAAGGUCUAAUUCAACAAGACCUCUGGAGAGUAUGUCAGACAUGAUACCACGUCCUUCACGGCUUGUUGACUGGCAAAUUUUGAUGCCGAAAAUUAGAGCCCCGAUAUGACAUAGAAGGAGAUCCUUCCUAACCAGGAACGAAAAUAGAAGCCAAAAAAGAAAGGAGUCAGUUUGAUUUGACCUCAUUCAGGUCUCUAUUCGCCUUCCCCUAGUCAGAAUUAUGUUCCUAACAAGGUCUUCCUGAU